AUGGGAAAAUUCAAGUUGUUGUCAAAGGGUCAAAGAUUUGCUUUUUUGUCAACUCUCGUACCGGAGUUGUUAUUACCCGAAGCUUUGGUAGUGGCAAGGAGGAUUGAUCCGAGAUUGAAGAGAGACUUUUUGAAGGAUCUGCCAUUGGAAUUGUCGUUGCAUUGCCUGUCUUUCGUCGAAGAUGCUCGUACUCUUGCCCGUGCCUCUCAAGUAUCCCAAUACUGGUACGCCCUUCUACAAGACGAAACGACAUGGAAACAUAUGUGCACUCGCACUCGAUUCUUCCCUCUCGUCUCACCUUUCCCCUCUCACUCAUCACACUCUCGCACUUCUCGUCGAUUCGAUAAUCCUUUCGUGUCCAGAGUCCCACAUUCCAAUUUGAGAUUGCAGAUGGGAAGAGUGUCUUUGAACCCCUUGGCCCAGAAUUUCAUUACGACUCCUAGGUUUGCGCGUUUAGCAGAGUUAGGAUCUGUUAGACCAAUGUCACCUCCUACGACUCCAAGGAGUUUCAAACAGCAGUUCAAGGACGCUUACCUCACAGAAUCCAACUGGUUGACCGGCGGGCAAUUGAUCGCAUCUCACAAACACACCGACGACGGUGUAGUCACUUCUCUAGCUAUCGAUGACACCUUCAUCGUUGUCGGUAUGGCGAACAGUCAAAUAGAAGUAUACGAUUCUCGUACGGGUGCAUGGCUCAACAGUCUCAAAGGACACGAAGCAGGUGUUUGGGCUUUAAUUGAUCUUUGCGGUGCGGCUAUGGGAUAUGGAUCUGAUAAACAUUUGGUGGUUUCUGGAGGAUGUGAUAGGAAUGUCAGAGUUUGGGAUGCGAACACAGGACAAUGCCUUCAUGUUCUCCGAGGUCAUUCUUCCACUGUUCGAUGUCUCAAAGUCAUUGACGGCAAACCAUUGGCCAUCACCGGUUCACGCGAUUGGACACUGCGGGUGUGGGAUAUAGAACGUGGCAGAUGUGUACAUAUCUUGCAAGGGCAUCAACAGAGUGUGAGAUGUGUUGAGGUAGCUGGGAAUAUAGCUGCAACGGGGUCCUAUGAUUUUACCUGUCGAUUAUGGAAUGUCGAGACGGGACAAUGUCUUCGAGUUCUCGUAGGACAUUAUCACCAAAUCUACGCCAUUGCCUUUGACGGGGAAAGAGUCGUCACUGGUAGUUUGGAUUCGACCGUUAGGGUAUGGGAUGCGGCUACUGGAACAUGCAUGGCCCUACUACAAGGUCAUACCUCCCUCGUCGGUCAAUUACAACUCACCUCUGAUACACUAGUCACCGGUGGUUCCGACGGUCGUGUGAUCAUAUUCGACCUCACAACCCUCACUUGUCUUCACCGUCUUUGCGCACAUGACAAUUCCGUCACUUGUCUUCAAUUCGAUGAUCGUUAUAUCAUUUCAGGCGGUAAUGAUGGUCGUGUCAAAUUAUGGGAUAUGAGAACUGGAGCUUUUAUCCGUGAACUCACAAGAAGAUGUGAUGCGGUUUGGAGAGUUAAUUUUAGGGAUGAUAGAUGUGUCAUCUUGUUACAAAGAGGUGGAAGGACUGUAUUGGAGGUUUUAAGUUUUAGGGCGGGUGAGAAAGGUGGAGAGAGGAUUACGACUUGA